AUGUCCUUGAUUUUCAUCGUGUCGAAUACACUACUCAACAACAACAACAACCAUCAAGAAACAUCUUUUAAAUCCCAUCUCCUUCCCGAAAUACAAGAUCAUGUCCAUCGUUCGUCUCAUCCUUUGCUUGCCAAACGAAAUGAAAUUAAAAAGAGAGAUGAAAAAGCAGCAGCACUCGUCACGACUCGUCGAUGGAAUUGCUCAAAACCCACCACACUCUCAACAAGCAUUUCAAAAGAUAUUCCAUUAUCGAUCAUUGAUGAUCCUGAAACAACAAAAUCCUUACCAGCAUGUGGUCAACAGCAAGUCAAGGCAAAUCAUCCUAACGCCAAGUUAGAACAAGACAUGUCAAAUGCUGCUGAACAUGUUAUCCAUGGUCAAGAGGAGAAGGAGGAGGACCAACAACAAGAACUCUUGAUAUAUCCAACAAAUCUACUAGAUUCUGAUACUCAUAACUGCUCGUCAUGCCCUUUCGAAAGUAAGAAACAAGAAUCCAUCUCUUUGAUAGAAGAACUCAAUCAGGCCAUGCUUCAAUUUCCAACACAUCAUGAUUCCUCCAACCAUUCUUUUUCUCAACACAAACAUUGUGUGGCAUUUUCCAGUCAAUCCUGUCUCAUUGAAAACACCAAUUUGAAGGAUUGUUUGGAGAUGUUGACAGAUUUUGACAAGUAUCCACAACGUGUGGAAGGAAUACAUUCAUCAAACACGUUGAAGAAGAAUGAAUCCAAGAACCAUGAAAUGAUUGUUCAUUUGAAAUCGACCAUCCUUUUUUCAACUCUCGAAUAUGACAUCAAGGUCCAUGUCACUCGAGAUGGCAUUUCCUUUUCACAUCUGAAAGAAUCAAGUCCAUUCAAAUCCUUACAAGGAGGAUGGAAAUUGGAACCAUUGGAAAACACCACUGAUUUCAAGAUGACCACCAAUUCCAAACAGUGUCAAACCAUUCGAGCGACGUAUUUCAUUCAUAUCGAAAUGGAACCACAAGUGCUCUUCAAGGGAUCUGAUCAUUUAAGACCUCUUGUCACAGAGUGUCAGGAAACGGUCAAUUCGGCAUCACUUGGAGAAUGGAUCUCUAAGAAGAGUGUUCCCUCCCUGUUGCAAGUCAUGAAGAGACAAAUUGAAGAGUAUUCCACUCAAAAGAGAGUGAAAGCAUUUCACAAUCAGCAAAAACAAUUUUCACAACAAAGUUCCAUGUUAUUUUUGUAA